AUGGAACCAGGAAAGAACAAGAAAAAGGGCAAGAAGUCUCAGCUACGUUCAGCAUUGGAACCUGCUCCAUCCCCUACUACUAUCUCUGAAAUCUAUGGGAUGACUCUUACAACUGAUUCCCCAGUUCCUCGCAAAGCUUCUAGAGAGGAGAUUUUUCACGCCAUUCUCAGAUCAGGCACCGUAAAUGGAUCACUCUACGACACACAGAUCUAUGCCUAUUCCAGACGUGCAACGUCAGGACUUGUUGACAAGCCUCGUACAACUUUCGCCAACAGUAUCGCAUUGAGGAGUAUCUCUGAUUAUUUCAACAUCUGCGAAUUUGCCGAAGGGCGUGCCACUGGUUCCAGUCCAUUGACACGCACGUCUACCGACGAAUACGACUACGAUUCUGAUAGUGAUCUUGAAGACGGUGGAGAUGAGGACGAAAGUGAAGACAUUCCUUCGGGCAGCACUUCUGGUAUCACAACGAUUGUCAAAGCCGAUGAAACUGGUGAGGGUAGCAAAGACGGAGAUGAUGGGAUCGAACAUGAUCUACUGCAAAAGGGAGCGGAAUUGUCACUUCCGAUUUCAGAGCACGAUAGUCACAUAAGGAGGUCUGUAUUCAUCGAGAAUGUGGCGUUCAAUACCCUUCAAGCCUUUAUAUUUUAUGUGUUUACCGGCAAGAUAGAAUUUGCCCCUUUAAAAUCUCAACCCAUCAGUAUUCGUAAGGAGAAAUACAGCAUUCGUAGAAAGCCCUAUCAGUCACCGUUCUGCUCUCCGAAGUCGAUCUAUCGACUUGCUGAUAUGUAUGGGAUCCAUGAUUUGCAGACUUUGGCUCUGAAUGAUAUCAAGUCUAAGCUCUCACCAGAGAACAUCAUGAUCGAGUUGUCAUCGUCUCUUACACCAAUAUACCCGGAGGUCCAGAAGAUGGAAGUAGAUUUUCUACUUGAAAAAGGACUCACUCCCAGUGUCAUAGCCGCCAUGCCGACGUGGAUAGGAAAAGUCGCCACUGGAUCGCUUGGGCCUCAGGGUGGCGAUACGCUAGCGUUCCAGUCCAUUUAUGGCGAAAUCUCUUUCUUAGAAUUCGAUACAAAAAGUCUAGACAUGAGCGAGAUGAUCAACCAGGCGCCGGAAAGCAGUGUGGCCCCCAACCUGUUAUCCGUCGUUCAACAAUUCACAUUACAAGAAGCAGAAAUUUCAGCUCAGACCUCUGUUCAUCCAUUCGCGUCCAUGCCCGAUAACCCCUCCGCCAUACUCCACGGGAUCAUAGAGGCGACAAGUCAAAUGUCUCAUUCACUAGAAGCUCAUUUAUCGCUACCCUUCACGAACCAGAAACUCCUUUCCCUGUACAGGCAACAUGCUGCGAUAGCUCGCACACUACACUUGUCCGAGAGCAAUGUUCGACAGACACUUGAGUCCCUACGUAAACGAAAGGGCAUCACAUAUGGUGAAAACAUACCGCUCGAUUGCACCACCAUUCUCGAUUGGUGCGUGUCUCGGCUUGAGGCAUGGGGGACAUCUGCCGGGAUGGAGGCAUUCAAGGAAGAAGAGCGUGAAGGCCGAAUGACGAUCGUCCUAGGUGGAAAGGUGCUGGUCAUAGAUAUUGACCUCCUGGUGGACCGAAGAAAUUUUGAGAGGCCCAUAGUCUCUGUCGCAAAUCUGAAAACUUCUUAUGCCAUUCCGAACGGUGCCGCAACAUCGACCACCCAAGGAUCCCUCUCCUUAGAUGGUUUCCUAGCAGACAGGCUUAGAGCUUUCCUGACAGAAGUUCAGAAGGAUGCAGAACAACAGGACAGCCUACAUGCUGCUCGAUUGGCCAAUUUGGUUGCGGAAGAUCUAGCAUACUUGAUGCGCCUCGAUCAGCUAGCACUGAGCGAGGGUGAUGGCGGCCUGCGUUGGUUCAGUGAAAUUGAUACCAUUGCUCUUGAGACUGAACGUUUUGCCAAAAGUGAAGCUGAGGCUAUCGCAGCUGAAAGCGCCAACUCUGUCACUCAUGUUCCUCUAGACAUUUUCCUCACUCGCGCACAUGCCCUUCCGCUCCCUUAUCUUACGACUGCGUCUAUAUCGUUCUUAACGUACGUGUCUCCGUUAGCUUACCUUUCUCUCCUACGCGGUUCUCCCCCCUUUUCGGGGUCAAAAUCAAGCCUCCCAAAGUUAGACCUCUCGUUCGACCAUCUACGAUCCACGCUUGCUUCACAUCCUCGACCUCUCGGCGUCACCGUUACGACGCUCAUACUCAUCUCGAGCAAUGCGCCCGCUCCAGUAGAAGACCCUGUGGAUAUAGCCGAUCUGGGAUCACGGCCUACUUUUACAUUGGUACCAUCUGGGGCUCAGCUCAAUCAUAUUUUGCCGACAGCGACUGGCGUCGGUACAUCUCAUUCUUGGAAUCUGGAUUUCACCGAUGGUGGCAAGUACCGCGGGAUCGUGAUGACCCAAUCCAGAAUGCGAGAAAUCGAACUUGUUGUAAAUCCCCUGAGCGGGAUGGCGAACAUGGGCCAAAUAUCUCCAAUGAUGUCCCUUGGGUCAGGAAGUUGGGUUGAUCUCUUGAUUAAUCCCGAAAAUCCAAUCACACCUGAACGAUAUACAUGUCUUCAUUCGUCCCCAAUGGGUCUCCAUCCACCCCUUCAACUGAGACUGACGUCGCCAGAGGAGCCCGGUUUUAUCCUGGAGCGAGUUCCUGUGCGAAGCAUUAGAGAAGUCUGGCGAAUCCUAGAGGUUGUAAGAGAACAAUGUUGGCUAAACGAAGUGCUUUGCGGACAUCAAUGGGUACCGGAAGGUCUGGGUGCCGACGAAAGAGACGAAGAGCCAGAUGCAGAAGUUACGACCGAGGACCUUCAAGCCGUUCUUAAUGGUACCCUCGCACCACGAAGAAUUCCAGUGAAUAUCUAUUUUCCCUCGGUUCCGGCGGUGAAUACUCUCUUCGAUACGACAGACGAGGGCAAUAUGUCUUUCUCCCACUCACCACAAACACGACGAGCAAAAAUAUUAAUGUCGUCCCCAGAGCGGCCGCCGAUUCCCGGCCUUGUGGAGAUAUCUAUCACGUUCGAUCCAAGCCGACCGAGGGGCAUCGCAUUGGACAUUAAUGGGGCUAUGGGAGCCGACUUAAACAUUGACGUGCUGGAAGAGGUCGGCAGGAGGGGAGGUUUGAUGAGCUUGCCGGGGAGAAUCUGGGCAAAAUCACACGGCACAAUCUGA